UUACUUUUUCAUUAUUUUUUUGUCUUUUUGGAUUUUUCUUUGUGAGAACCUUUUCUAAAUACGUAGAAUGCAAACGAGAAUAUGAGACGCGAAAACAUAUUUUGUAUCGCUUUAUUUUUCUGCCGCGCAGAUCUCGGCGCGCCUCUCGGUGAUGCAUAACCGGCGAGGUGCGUUUUUUCGCGAUCGCCUCUGGUCGCAUCCAGGGCACGUAUCUUACCUUAUUGGUGCAACGCCAUUGAAUUGCCUUCGCUGCACAAUCGCACGGCGUCGGCUGACGCAUUGCGAUUAUGCAAGCCGUUAAUGUUUAUCUCGGCGCCCGCGAUUUCAUCCUGGCCCGUUGCAUCUUUCCUCUUCGAUUUUUUUUUCUUGUUCCCUUUGCUCUCCAUUUUGAGCCUCGAAGAUUAAUCGAUCUCGUCCCAAGUUUCGCAAUUCGAUUGAAAGCCCUCAAAGCCUCCGCUUUUUGUUUCACGCAAGAUCCCAUGAAGAAGGAAUAUGGAGUCGUCAAUAAUUAGUAAAAUUUUCAAUAAAAUCAAGAGAAUCGAAUCAAGAAUUAAAAUUAACAGAAGAGCUAACUUAACUAACAGAGAAGCUAAUUCUAAAUAAUUUAAACGGAUUGUCAUAUAAAUAUUUGUAAAAGUUUGUGAAAACAAUACAAGUUUUUAGACAUAAUUACAAAGAAAUAUAUCUAAGCAUUAAUAUAUUAAAAUAAAAAUAAUAAUAUUCACAAAAUUGUCAUUCUACCUUUAUCGUUCAUUAGACAUAAAACAAAAAUAGAAUGACAAAGAAAGCGUGCUAACAUCUUUAUGAGCGCGUUAAAAAUACGGGCCAUUAUUAUUAAGACACGUAAUUACUGAAUAUUCUGCUGAUUAUGUGGCUUGCGGCGGCGUUAUUUUCUAAUCGCUCCGAUCAGCCGAUUUUUUUUUUUUUUUUGACAAGGACUCAAUUAAUCGCGAAGGCAACGGAAAGGCAAGGGAUCCCUCACGGUAGCGGCGCCUUGCGCUGACGCAAUCGUCGUCGACAUGGUGUUCUGCGAUCAGAUGGAGCCUCUCUGGGAAUUGCAAGGCCGUCAAAUAAACGAGGCUAGCUUACGAAGAGGGUCAGAUACCAGCGUUGUCCUAACCGAGGACACAGACAGCUUUAAGAUUGGAGACCGAGUAUGGGUCGGCGGCACGAAACCAGGCACAAUCGCUUAUAUCGGCGAGACCAAAUUCGCCCCCGGAGACUGGGCAGGAGUCGUCCUGGACGAACCCAUUGGGAAGAACGAUGGAUCGGUGGCCGGUAGCCGGUACUUUCAGUGCGAGCCGAAAAGAGGGAUCUUCUCGAGACUCACUAGACUUACCAGGUUACCGUUGGGCGAUCAUUAUACAAGCGUGAUCGCCUCGCCGACAUCGCCGUCCGACAGCAUCAGGGGCGGUUUUCUCAACAAAUCCGUGUCAUCGUCAUUGAAUGCAUCGACGACAAGCCUGUCGUCCACGAGGGGCGAGCUGAGGAUAGGUGAUCGGGUGAUAGUGUCGUCGAGCCAGGGCAGCAAAACCGGCGUACUCAGGUAUAUGGGUCCCACGGAAUUCGCUGCGGGCGAAUGGUGCGGCGUGGAACUGGACGAGCCAAUUGGCAAGAAUGAUGGCUCCGUCAAUGACAAAAGAUACUUCGAGUGCUUGCCCAAGCACGGCUUGUUCGCGCCCGUGCACAAGGUCAGCAGGUCGCCGUCCAACAAGAAGCCGUUGUGCGUGGUGCACAAGCCGAGCGGCGCCGCCCUCAAUGUCACCAGCCUCCAGAGGAAGAGCGGUUCGCGUGAAUCGCUCGCUUCUAGCCUCGCCUCGAGCGUCGUCAGCGUGAGCGCGAGAACGAGCACCACGGCGGGCGGCACCACGGCGAGGAGGCCUGGCAUGCGCACCUCGAUACCUGCACGAAGUUCAUUGCAGGAGGUUUUGAAAGAGAAGCAGCAAGAGAUCGAGUUCCUGCGAAAGGAGCGGGACCUGGAACGCGAAAGAGUCACCAAAGCGGCGAAUCAGGCUGACCAAGCGGAGCAAUCGGCGCUUUCGAUCAAGCAAGAAUACGAGAAGUAUCGCGAGCAGAUGCAGCAAACAAUCAGCGAAGCGGAACUUACCGUCGCCAAGCUCCUCGAUGAAAAGAGCGCGUUGGUGGUGCAGCUGGAAGAGGAGAAACGGAAGUGUGAGGAUCUUCUGUUUCGCUUCGAGGAAGAAUCCGUGAAUAAAGACGACAUGCAGAAAGAGAGAUCUGAGCAAAGUGUCAUAAAUACUGUAAAUGAAAGCAGGAUCAAAGAGCUCGAGGAUGAGCUCGCAGGGGAACGACGAGAACGCGCCAUUCAGAUGGAACGCGACAGCACCAAACUCUUUGAGGUUGAAGAGGAAUUAGCACGGCUACGUAACGAGCUCAGUUGCGCAACAAAUUCGCAAAACUCGCAGCUUCAAGAUUUGGAGAGCCGAAAUCAGAGCUUGGAGGAGAUCAAGAGCAGUUUGGAGAAGGAAGUGCAGGAGAAAUCGGGUCUGGUGAGUGAAUGCGUGGAGCGUAUCCAAGAACUGGAGCUUGUUUUGAGCAAAACGCAACAGGAGAGUACGACGUAUAGAGAGUCCGAGAGUCGUCUGGAGAAAGAACUGGAAACUGCCAAACAAAACCUGCAAAACAAAGAAACAUUAGUGGAGAAUAUGAAACAAGAGUUCAAAAAGAAUACGAAUGCAUUGAGCGAGGAACUGCGAAAAUCAAAGGAGACGAUUGAAACGAUGAAAAGAGAGAAUGUGAGCGAAAAGGACUCGCUGCUAUCGGAAUAUCGGCGAACGAUCGAAGAGAGAGAUCGGUUGAUCAAAGUAAAAACCGAGGAGCUGCAGAACGAAUCCAAGAAGCUGUUGGAACAACAAAAUACAGCUUUAGAAAGCUUGAAGACCGAGAACGUUAAUCGUAUCCGUGAACUUUCAGAGUCUUUCGAGCAACAAUUGCAAGCAAAGGAUACGAAAAUCGAGGAGUUCUCGCAACAACUCAGUCAAAAAGUGUCUGAGACCGAAAGAUUAUUAGCUGAAUUAGCUGCUGAGCGGGAACUCUGCAAGAAGAAGGAUGAAGAACUGAUUAGCGCUCUUCGAAAAUUGGAAGAACUAAACACGAGACUUAAAUUGGCCGAAGACAGCAACAAUAUGUUGUCAAAACAAAUUCAAGAUUACAAGUCCAAGAGUGACGACAAUGUCAUGAUUAUCCAUGAGAAACAAAGAUUGGAGCAAAAUCUAGCUAGUUUAAUCGCUUCGGAGGAGAAAUCCGCCGCACAAUUAAACAAAUUGAGCGAGGAACUGAAGGUAAAGGACAAAGAACUCGAGGCAUUGCGAAAUGCUACUGUGGCACAAAUAGAAGAAAUAACUAAACGUUUUGAGACCCAAAUUAAUGAAAAAGUCAAAUAUAUUGAUCAGAUAAACGCAGAUGUUACGCAAAAAGCCUUAACACUCGUUAAACUGGAGAAAGAUAUCGUCGAUUUGAAGGCAAUUAUAGCGAGCAAGGAGGAGGAGAUUAAACAUCUUCUCGAGAAAACUUCAGAAUUGCAAGACGCCCUCACAUUAUCUGAGCAAACAAAAACGAAUUUGGAGAGCGAACUUCGCGUAUUUGAGUCAAACGUGCAGAAAUUGAAUCAACAAAUUGCAAGAGCAGAGGAAAAAAUAUCGCAACUUUCAUCGCAAAAGGAAAAACUUGAAUCUGAUAUAGCAAGUGCGAUUAGUUCCUCUGCCGAUUCGUCAGAACAACUAUCGAGAUACAACGAAGACUUACGAAAAAAAGAGAAAGAAUUGGACGAAGCUCGCGAAAAGAUUUUUCAAACGGAAACCGCGUUGAAACAAAUGGGGGGGAAAUUAUCUAGCAUUGAGACGGAAUUAAACAAGAAUACGACAUUAGUCGAGCAACUACGUUCAGAGAACUCGAACUUGGAGUCGCAGAUAGAUAAAGCUACAAAAUCAAAUGCAGAUUAUAUCGAGAAGAUACACGGACACGAACGAGAAAAGAGCGAAUUAUCGAUAAAAGUGGAGGAAGGUGAACGCGCACAGAAAAAUUUGAAGGAAAAGUCUGACGAAGUCCUCAACCUUACAGAACGACUAACGAAGAAAGAUGAAGAAAUUGCUAGUCUUCAUAGAGAGUGCGAAACCUUGCAAAAUUCUGGCCGAGAGGAAACAUCCUCGUUGCAGAAAAAUAUUACGGAUUUAUCGACCGAAUUGUCGACUUCGCGCGAUGAAAUAAAGAAUCUGCAAAAGUGCAAGAGCAAACUUGAGGCUGAUCAAAGCGCGAAUCGUUGGUCGAUCGAGGAAUUGACUGAAAAAUUGAAAUCCGAGUCGGACAAAACGUUGAAAUUAGAGAACGCGAUUCAGGAAAAAGAUUCAAAGCUUCAGGAUGUGGAAAAUAAAUUAUCGGAAUUACAGAAAAUCCAUGAUGCCUUAAUUAAUGAUAAAGCAACUGCCGAUAAAAAUUUAGCAACGUCUUUAAACACCAUGACUAGCACGGUAGAAGAAUUACGAAAUAAGUUAAAGGACGCUGAAGAAACAAUUAAAAAUAAGACAGACGAAGAAUUGAAGAUAAAAACGGAAAUGGAAAAAUCGCAGGCUCAAGUAGCUGAGUUGAAUGUUAUAAUCUCUUCCAUGAAAGAAGAGCACACUCGUAACAGCAACGAACUGAAGAACACACAAGAAGCUAUCACACAAAAACAAAGUAAAAUUAAUGAAUUGUCCGAAGUCAAGACUGUUUUAGAAAACUCAGUGAAAUCAUUGGAGAUUCAGUUAUCGAAUUUGCGCGAAGAGUUGGACAAAAAGGAGAAGCUAUGGGAAGAAACAGAAACCAAGAAAAAAGAAUCGGAGUCUUCCAAACAGGAAGAAGUAUUGAAACUGCGGAAUUCCUUAGAGAAUGAAGUUGCAAUCAAACAGAGGAAGAUUGAAGAGAUAAAUAGGCAAAAUGGAGAAUUGGAGGAAAAGCUGCGAUUAUCACAAAAUGUUGUGGAUAAACACAAAGUCGAUUUAGACGAUAAGAAAGCUAUUAUCGAAAAAUUAAAAACGCAGAUAAAGAUUCUGGAGGACGCGCAAGUAGAAAGGGUUAAAGCAGAACAACAGUCGCGGAACGAAGAAAUUAAGUUGAAACAGAAUGAGUUGAGUGGCGCGAACAAGCGAAUCCACGACCUGCAACACACGGUGAACAUGCUGGAAAAGCAAUUAAGAGAACAGGAAUCGAAAUCGGCUGAUCUGGCGAGAACCAUGGAGAAUAAUGAGAAAGAGGUGAACAAGAACGUGCAGAACUUACAGGAAAAGCUGAACGUCGCCAAAGUCGAAGAAACACGACUUCUGGGCGAGUUGAGUCGGCUGGAGAAAGAGAACAAACAAGUAACUGCGAAAUGGAUGGAGGCGACGAAUCAGUUAAAAUUGUCGCACGAAAAUCUGAAGAAUACUUAUGAUGGGACGGGCGACACGAAACAGCACAUCGUUACGAGAGACAUUGACAUUGCGAAACUGCAAGAGGAGAACGAUACCGCGAAGAGCCAGAUAGACUUCCUGAACUCCGUGAUAGUUGACAUGCAACGUAAGAACGAGAGUUUAAAAUGUAAGAUCGAGGUUCUCGAGAUGGGGGUCCCCGCGAACGAGGCCGAUGACUACACUCGAAGCACGCUGGACAAGCGAACAGCGGCGCCCCGUAUGUUCUGUGAUAUUUGCGAUCAGUUCGAUCUGCACGAGACGGAAGACUGUCCACGACAGGCUCAGGAUUUUACGGAAAGUGCCGAAACGAUGAAAACGAUGAAAACGAUGAAAACUUCGAAAAAACAAACCAUGGAGAGACCAUAUUGCGAAAACUGCGAAAUGUUCGGCCACGACACGCGCGAUUGUGAUGACGCCGAGACAUUUUAAUAUUACGUCCGUAGCUUUAUUCCGUUUGCUUGCCAAAUGUCCCGUAGCUGUAAAGAGAUCUGUUGAAUUUUACAGAGUAUAUUUUUGUAUGCCGGAUUUUUUAAUUGGAUUUUAAAUUCGAGCAUAAGUCUUCCCGCGUAAAACGGGCGCGCUCGAAAAACAUCGUAAAAAUUAGUGUUCCCUUCAAAUGAUGUAAUUUAAUUAAAAUACUAUUUAUAAUAGUUUGAAUAUCAUGUACAUAUAAAUAAUUAUUCUUAUGUCUUAUUUUUUUGCAGUUUGACUAGGAUAUUAGAUUUAUUAACUUAUUUUUAGCGCAAUUUAUUGCCACAAAAUUUGACAAUAUAGAUCUAAUUUAUAUAUUAUAUUAGUUUUUUAUUUUAUUUCAACGGAAUUUUAAAAAUGAUAAGAUAUCAAUAUUACUAAUACUCAAUUAAACAUAAUAAUUUAUUGUUAGUCGUUUAUAAAUGUGUAUUUGAAGGGAACAUAAAUUUGUUUUUCAGCUUUAAUAUCUAUUUUAUAACAUUUGUAGCGAAUUGUAAUUUUGUAUAUAAUAGGUACUUGAAUUAACAAGUUAUUCUUUUAUUUAAUAUUUAUUCGCGUUUGCGCGCUUUAAGAUGACAGUUCCUGUAAUGCACGCUGGUAAAAAGCGAAAUAUUAGACGUGAGGUUUCUCUCAUAAUUUACGCCUUCUCUUCCAAUACAAUAUUCUUAUAAUACUCUCCGCAAAAUUAUUUAUAAUCUUUGUCUAACAGGAAGUAAAAAAGGAGCUAGAAGAAAGAUUUUAAACUUUAUAAACUCUUGAAUACAUUUGAAGCUAAUUUAUAAAAAUAUCGUGGCCUGCUGUUAUCUUGCCUUCCGUUAUAAAUCUUAGGAUUGAAAUAUAUUUUCUAAGUCGAUUAUAUUGUUGUAACAUGUGAUGCAUUGAAGAUAAUGCUUUGUAGUUAAGAAUAAACAAAAUAUUUACGAAAAA